CAGAUGCGAACAGCACACACAAAUUGCAAACCACAAGCAGAGGUUCCGCGUAAGAGAGGCGUCUUGAUAAACGCACUUCUUUCGUUCUCUCUCUCUCUGGUCCUCAUCUCCUCCUUCAUCUGCUCGUCACAUUUUUCCAUUUCUCAACGAAAAUGAGAGAAUGCAUCUCGGUCCACAUCGGCCAGGCCGGUAUUCAGGUCGGAAAUGCUUGCUGGGAACUCUACUGUCUCGAGCACGGCAUUCAGCCUGAUGGCCAGAUGCCAAGCGAUAAGACUGUUGGGGGUGGUGAUGAUGCUUUUAACACCUUCUUCAGUGAAACUGGUGCUGGGAAGCAUGUCCCCCGUGCAGUUUUUGUAGAUCUAGAACCUACAGUUAUUGAUGAGGUCAGGACAGGGACGUACCGACAACUCUUUCAUCCUGAACAACUCAUUAGCGGCAAGGAAGAUGCAGCUAACAAUUUUGCUCGUGGCCACUAUACCAGUAAAGAUCUCUCAUUUAUCUUUCCCCUUUUGACUUAUGCAACCCUGUUUUUUUUCAACUGCUUAUGCGCCUCAUUUGAUUCAGUUGGGAAAGAGAUCGUUGAUCUGUGCUUGGAUCGUAUCCGAAAGCUUGCUGACAACUGCACUGGUCUACAAGGGUUCCUGGUUUUCAAUGCUGUGGGUGGGGGUACUGGUUCUGGUCUUGGCUCCCUUCUCCUCGAACGACUUUCAGUUGACUAUGGCAAGAAGUCUAAGCUUGGGUUCACUGUAUAUCCCUCACCACAGGUUUCUACCUCCGUUGUUGAGCCCUAUAAUAGUGUCCUCUCUACCCACUCCCUUUUGGAGCACACUGAUGUUGCUGUGCUGCUCGAUAAUGAGGCGAUCUAUGAUAUCUGCAGGCGUUCCCUUGACAUUGAGCGCCCCACAUAUACAAAUCUUAACCGAUUGGUGUCUCAGGUGAUUUCAUCGCUAACUGCUUCUCUGAGGUUUGAUGGUGCCUUGAAUGUAGAUGUGACUGAGUUCCAGACUAACCUGGUCCCAUAUCCCAGGAUUCACUUCAUGCUUUCAUCUUAUGCUCCUGUGAUCUCAGCUGAGAAGGCCUACCAUGAGCAGCUAUCGGUUGCAGAGAUCACCAACAGUGCAUUUGAGCCUUCAUCCAUGAUGGCCAAGUGCGACCCCCGCCAUGGCAAGUAUAUGGCUUGCUGUCUGAUGUACAGAGGAGAUGUGGUGCCCAAGGACGUCAAUGCAGCUGUGGCCACCAUCAAGACCAAGCGUACCAUCCAAUUUGUUGACUGGUGUCCAACUGGAUUUAAGUGUGGCAUUAAUUACCAACCCCCAACCGUUGUUCCUGGUGGUGAUCUUGCCAAGGUUCAGAGGGCAGUGUGCAUGAUCUCUAACUCCACCAGUGUAGCUGAAGUGUUCUCCCGCAUUGACCACAAGUUUGACCUUAUGUAUGCAAAGAGGGCAUUCGUUCACUGGUAUGUCGGUGAGGGCAUGGAGGAAGGUGAAUUCUCGGAGGCCCGUGAAGACCUUGCUGCCCUCGAGAAAGAUUAUGAGGAGGUUGGUGCUGAGGCUGGUGAAGAUGAGGAAGGUGACGAGGGGGAUGAGUACUAAGAAACGAAUGCUGCUUUUAAAUAACAUGGCUUGUGAGCUUAAUAUUCCUUUAGUUCCGUGGCGCUGACUUGUGCCCUUUUCUUUCCAAACUGUUGACUUGCUCUAGCCGUUGCUCUGGAUUCUAGUUGCCAUCUCACCUAGUGUGAAGCAGCUAUCUAUGUUACUUAUAUGGUUUACUCUCUUCCUGUGUUGAACUUUUCAAUGAUAUGACUAUGGCCUAUUAUAUUUAUAACGA